GUGUGGACACGGAUAAGGUUAGGUGGGAUUUACCCUGGAUAACCAGGGUAAACGGGGCCGAACGGAUUCAAACACGUGUUAUUUCCAAUCAUAUAAGAAAAUUGUACAUGAUAUGAUUAACCUCAAUACAAAGCAUAACAUUCAUUUUUAAAACUGGGUUAAAUAAAGGACAGUUUAGGGUCCACACUCCAUAUCAAAGGGUGGCAGUAAUGCGCACUCUAAGGUUGCUUGCAAACCGCCAUUAAACCGGAAAAGAAGAAGAAGAAGUGUUUACGGUGGUGGGCUAGCCGUAAACAGUAAACAAAUAGCUAUGCUGCCGAACAAGAGCAGAGGGGAAUUUACCCGCAACCAGAGGAAGGAUUCAGAGGGCCUAUCUGAGUCUCCGGACCUUGAGUUUGAAUAUGCGGAUACAGACAAGUGGGCUGCAGAGCUGUCAGAGCUCUACAGUUAUACUGAAGGACCAGAGUUUACCACCAAUAGGAAGUGCUUUGAGGAGGAAUUCAGAACACAUGUGUCUGAUAAGAAGUGGACAGAGCUUGAUGCCCCUCAUCACAGGGCUCACGCCAUGCGACUGCUGGACGGUUUGGAGGUGACCGCUCGCGAGAAGAGGCUGAAGGUUGCUCGUGCCAUUCUGUACAUGGUUCAGGGAACGUUCGGUGAGUGCAGCUCUGAGGUGGAAGUGCAGCAUUGGAUGAGGUACAACACCUUCCUGCUUCUGGAGGUCGGCGCCUUUUCUGCUCUGGUGGAACUGCUCAAUAUGGAAGUCGAAAACAGCGCCGCCUGCAGCAGCGCGGUUAGAAAACCUGCCAUCUCCCUCGCAGACAGCACGGAUCUCAGGGUGCUGCUCAACAUAAUGUACCUGAUGGUCGAGACCAUCCAGCAGGAGGACCCUGCCGACAUGCCUGAUUGGAGAGUCAUCAGGGAAACCUUCAGAGCGGAACUGGGUUCCCCGCUGUUCAACAACGAGCCCAUUGCGGUCAUGCUCUUUGGGAUGGUCACCAAGUUCUGCAGUGGCCACGCGCCUCACUUUCCAAUGAAGAAGGUGUUGUUGCUUUUGUGGAAGAGCAUACUGUUCACACUGGGAGGGUUCGAGCAGCUGCUGAACAUAAAGAUCCACAAGCGUGAGAGCCUGGGUCUUCCUCCUCUACCGGAGGACAGUAUUCGAGUCAUACGCAGCAUGAGAGCCGCUUCCCCCCCGGCAUCUGCCUCCGACCUUAUUGAGCAGCAACAAAAAAGGGCACGGCGUGAACAUAAGGCGCUGAUAAAGCAGGAUAACCUGGAUGCCUUCAAUGAAAAAGACCCCUACAAGGCAGACGACCCGCGUGAGGAUGAGGACGACAACGACGACAACGACAACUCAAUGGAGGCAGAGACUUUCCCACUAGAAAGAGACGAGGUGAUGCCUCCGCCCAUUCCUCACCCUCCAUCUGAGAGGGUGUCCUUCCCCAAAGGGCUACCAUGGGCCCCUAAAGUCAGGGAAAAGGACAUAGAGAACUUCCUGGAGUCAAGUAGAAGUAAAUUUAUCGGUUACACACUUGGAAGUGAUACAAACACGGUUGUUGGCUUACCUAGACCCAUUCACGAGAGCAUCAAGACUCUAAAGCAGCAUAAAUAUAUCUCUAUAGCGGAGAUUCAGAUUGCAAAGGAGGAAGAGUUUCAGAAAACUCCUCUCUCAGGGGGGGAAGAGGAAGUGGAGGUGUGUGCCACGGAGUUGCUCUAUCAGGGAAUCCUGCCUACAUUACCUCAGUAUAUGAUCGCCUUAUUGAAGAUCCUCCUUGCGGCAGCUCCCACCUCCAAAGCCAAGACAGAUUCCAUCAACAUCCUGGCAGAUGUGCUGCCGGAGGAGAUGCCGACCACAGUGCUGCAAAGCAUGAAACUAGGCGUUGAUGUCAAUCGACACAAAGAGAUCAUCGUGAAAGCCAUCUCUGCCAUCUUGCUGCUGCUCCUCAAACACUUCAAACUCAAUCACAUCUACCAGUUUGAGUACAUGGCUCAACACCUGGUGUUUGCCAAUUGCAUCCCCCUCAUUUUGAAGUUCUUCAACCAGAACAUCAUGUCUUACAUCACCGCUAAGAACAGCAUCUCAGUGCUCGACUUUCCGCACUGCGUGGUGCAUGAGCUCCCCGAAUUAACGGCAGAGAGUCUGGAAGCGGGAGACAACAAUCAGUUUUGCUGGAGAAACCUGUUCUCCUGCAUCAAUCUGCUCAGGAUCCUUAAUAAACUGACUAAGUGGAAACACUCCAGAACGAUGAUGCUGGUAGUGUUUAAGUCUGCUCCCAUCCUGAAGAGAGCGCUGAAGGUGAAGCAGGCCAUGAUGCAGCUUUACGUCCUCAAGCUGCUUAAAGUGCAGACCAAGUAUCUUGGCCGCCAGUGGAGGAAAAGCAACAUGAAGACCAUGUCGGCCAUCUACCAGAAGGUCCGACAUCGGCUUAAUGAUGACUGGGCGUAUGGAAACGAUCUCGACGCUCGGCCCUGGGACUUUCAGGCCGAGGAAUGUGCCCUGCGCACCAACAUUGAGCGCUUCAACAGUCGCCGCUACGACAAGACUCACAGCAACCCGGACUUCCUACCCGUGGACAACUGCCUGCAAAGUGUCCUAGGACAGCGGGUGGAUCUGCCCGAAGACUUCCAAAUGAACUACGACCUCUGGCUGGAACGAGAGGUCUUCUCCAAACCCAUUUUGUGGGAGGAGCUCCUUCAGUGAGAAACGGUCAAACAUCCUCUGUCCUUUUUUAUUGAUGAUCACACUACAUGAAUGUGGUAACACUUGUCAAUCAACUAGGUCACAUGUUUCGUACUAGGCCAAGUUCUUUAGUUCAAUCCAAUGCCUUGUAAAUUCUAGUUAUGUUGUGACCCUGAAUCGUUACCCAGUUAUUUCCGUGAGGUGCCGCCUUGCCGAUGCACAUGUACAAUAGUAACGAGGUCACCAACUUUGUAUCACUCGCUACAUCACUACCCAUGUUAAAUACAUGUGUUUAGAAUAAAUACACCUUUUAACUGUUCCACUCAGACUAGCUCUUUUUAGGUCUUUUACAACAUUUAGAAUCUUUAAGAAAUGUUGUGUUCCUCGAUCGUCAUAGGAGCUUUUCACUUUUUUUGUUUUAGCAUUUCCAUUUAUACAAAAAAAGGUGUAGAAAUAUGUUUACAAGUUGUUUUAAUUUAUUUGCUUGGUUUGUCACAUGGUUUCAUGCUGUGGAUUUCAAAGGAACCUUCAUGAAAAUUACACAUAUCUUAUUUUUAUAUAACGGUUUGUUCUGCAGAAAAAAAAAAUCCAUUUACUUUAUACAGUAGGACAGAUAUUGAUUCAUGCUGUUUGGAGGCAUGUGAUAAUUCCUUUUUAAACUUGACACAUACAAUGUAAAAUCUCUUUGUCAACCACUUUCCUUUUUUUCGACUUGUUUAUUUUUUGCUGGGUUUUUUUUUUUUGACAAAUGUGGGGAGGAAGACUAAAAUGGCUUGUACAUGACGCACCUUAUUCUCCAUGGCUUUAUUUCACCAUCCUCAAAUCCUAUUCUGUCAAUCCUGCAACAUUUUCCUACUAUCAAUGAAUAAAUAAAUAUUUGAAUAUUUUA